AUGACGAUCGACGCGACCACAGGAAAGACCAGGAAACGGGUGUCAGGAGAAACCCUGGUUGUCAGGCAAAAUAAAUUGAGGCCCGGCGAGUUGCCACAGACGCAGUACGUUCGCAGACCGAGCAUCAGCGAGUUGGAAGACCGGUUGAAUAAACCGUCGACUCCUUUGAAAGAAGUCGGUUCUACGGGUCCUCCGGUCAUUGUCGACUUUCAAGAAAAGUACACAGCAACCGAAGGUGAGAAUGGAUUCAUCACGAUCACCGUGGAAGGAAAUCCGGCGCCAACAUGGAGAGUUCACAAGGCUGGGAUCACUGAAAUUCACGAAGGAGGUCGUUAUGUUUAUCUCACGGAUGGCGAAAGCAACACCAUCACACUCGCAAUCAAGAAAACUAGGCCAGCUGAUGAAGACACAUACAAGAUCCAGGUCAUCAAUCCUCAUGGGCAGGAUGAGGUGGAAGUUUCCCUCCUUGUAUCAGGUGAGAAAGUCAAGGAAAUCCAAAAGUUGAUCACCUGCAUAAAUGAUCAAUGGGGUGGUGAGAUGGACUUCAGAGCCAUGCUGAAGCGCAAGAAAUACGCCAAGUGGAAGGAUGACAAGGAAGAUCCAAACUACGACUUGAAGAAGGUGGAGCCAGAAGUUAAACCCAUGCUCAAGAAAGUGGAAAGGGAAAUCCACGAUUCUAGAAGGGUAAAAAUCACUGUGGAAGGAGCUGUGCACAGGCUGGUCAUUGUGAAUCCCCAAGUGUUGGAUUCCGGGAAGUACCGCGUUGAAUGCAUGGGUAUUGUUUCAAAUGGUCAUUUGCAAGUGGAUGUGAAACCUGAAGUUUUAAAUACGGUAUCGUAUCAAUUCCAUUCCAUAACAGAACCCGACCCAGUCUAUCACUUCAACACUCCAUUGCCACCCUUGUUUGAUGGGUUCACACGCAAAGAAGCAGUGCUUGAAUGUCAAUUGAGCAGUGGAAAGGCAAUUGUGCAUUGGUUCAAAAAUGGAGAGAGGAUUGAAGAUGGAGGGAAAUAUGACAUUAGCAAAGAUGUAUUGGGAAAUUGCAAACUCAUAAUCAAGGAUGCCGUUGAGGAAGACUCUGGUGAAUAUGAGUGUCAUAUUCUAUACCAAGAAGACGAGAAGACAAUUUGCAAGGUCACCAUCGUCGAACGGCAGUUCAAAUUUGAACGACCUUUGCUCCACAAAAAGGCUAUUGAAAAAGACAAAGUCAUACUAGACUGCGAGUGUGACUCGUCAGAGGCUGUUGUACGCUGGUUCAAGGGUGAAACCGAAAUUAUUGAAGACAAAAGGACGAAAUUCGUGUCCGAAGGCCGCAAGCGAAAGCUGGUCAUCAAGGAAGUCAAGAUGGUGGAUGCUGGUCAAUAUUAUUGCAAGACAAACGCUGACGUCACUGAUUGCGAAAUGCUUGUUGAAUAUGCAAAUAGGAUCAAACGAGGUUUGCAAGACCAAAGUGGAUACGAGAGGGACGUAAUAAAGUUGGAAGUUGAAAUGCAAGAUCCGACCGCCAUGCCUGAGUGGUACUUCAAGGGAGAGAAAAUUAUAGAAAAUGACAGGAUCGAAAUCAAGAAUUUGGGCGGAGGAAAACACCAAUUGAAAAUUCUACGAGCAUCCAUGGAGGACACUGGCGAGUGGAGAUGCGAAACGAGUGGAGUUUCAACCGCGUGCCAAGUGCAAAUUGACAAAGGCGAAAAAGCUCCCGAAAUUCUGUUCGAAGGACCAAUCGAGGGACCAAUCGGGAAACCUUUAAAUUUCUCUAUUCCAUACUCAAUCUACGGACAUAAGCAAUCCCAAGUGGAAGCAAAGCUGAUCUCGCCUGAUGGCAAAGCACUAUCCAUGAAAGACGUUGAGAUCGUUGUCAAAGAUGACAAAGUUGACAUGCGAUUCAAGAAACCUCAGAGGGCACUUUCCGGGAAGUACAUCAUCAAGCUGGAAAAUUCCCAAGGCGAAAAUUCCAAAGAAGUCUUCAUCAAUAUGCAAGACGUUCCCGAACCACCGGAAAGUCUGGACAUUCAGGACAUCUUCCAGGAUCGAGCAACGAUUACCUGGAAGGCACCCAAAUCAGACGGGGGUUCGCCCAUCAUUCGGUACCUGGUGGAGCGUCAGGACCUGGGUGUCAAGGGUGGCUGGCACACUCUUCACGAGGUGCCCUUUGGCGAACCCACCAAGUUCACUUGCACAGAUUUGGCAAAUAAGAAGGAAUACAAAUUUCGGAUCAAGGCUGUGAACAAGCUCGGGGAAUCCGAGCCCAUCACUCAUCCGAAAGUCGUGCUUGCCAAAGAUCCUUGGGGUGAUUUAUUCAUUCCUAUACAUUUAUGGCCCACACGAAACCGUAUUCGCACUUGUUGCACGGUUGUUGAUGAUUCAUCCCUGAAAUGGUCUUUUAAUCUAUCGCGAAAUGUUGACACUCGAAAAGAAAACCAUGGACCCAGUUUCUCAAAUGUAUUUAUUAAUCGACAUGUAGAUGAACCCGGGAAGCCGACAGGACUCGACAUUGCCGACUGGAACAAAGAAAGCGCAGAUCUCAAAUGGGACGCGCCUGAAAAUGACGGCGGUUCACCCAUCACUGGCUACAUCAUCGAAUUCAAGGGUAAAUUCGAUAAAGAAUGGCAAGAAGCAAUGGUACUCGACGGCAACGCAACCAAAGCAAAGGUUCUCGGCUUGAAGGAAGGACAAACCUACGAAUUCCGGGUCAAGGCAGUGAACAAAGCUGGACCAGGAGAACCGUCUGAUGCAUCCAAGCCCAUCGUUGCCAAAGACAGAUUUGGUAAUUCAAUUUUCAGUCAAAUCCAUCAAACCCACAGUCUGCUUAAACCAUGGUUCAUAACCAAGAUGGAAUCAGUUGUCAUCAAAAGAGGACAGGUUGUAUCAUUUGAUAUCAAAUACGGAGGAGAACCAGAGCCUGAGGUCAUUUGGACGAAAGAAGGCGAAUCUCUCAGCUCCUCCGGCGAUAAAGUGAACAUCGAGUUGUACGAGAAGAACACGAUUAUUCAUGUGCGGAAGGCUGUUCGAAUGGACAGCGGCAAAUACAUGCUAACGCUGAAGAACUCCUCUGGCGAAGUGUCGCAAAGUGCGGAUGUCGUAGUUCUUGACAAACCUUCGCCACCCGAGGGACCUCUGGUGGCCGAAGAAGUCAGAAAUGAUCACAUCAACAUCAAGUGGAAGAAACCAAAGGACAACGGAGGCGAAGAACUCAAGGGAUACAUCAUUGAAAAGAUGGACAUGGAAAUUGGACGCUGGGUUUCGGCUGGAGAAGUGCAACCAAAUCAGCUGACUUUCAGUGUCACUGGAUUGACACCAAAGAAAAAGUACAAAAUCCGCGUCAAGGCUGUGAACAAAGAAGGCGAAUCUGAGCCACUUGAGACCGAAGACUCCAUCGUAGCCAAGAAUCCUUACGAUGAACCCGGAGCACCUUCCACCCCAGAAAUCGUCGACUACGACAACAAGAGUGUGAAACUAACGUGGAAACCCCCAUCAGAAGACGGGGGUCGUCCAAUCGAGCAUUACGUAAUUGAAGUCAAGGACAAAUUAUCCGGAACUUGGCAAGAAAUGGCAAAAACUGAGGGCCCGAAAACCGAGGUCCAGGUCAAUGGGCUCAAAGAAAACAUGGUUUAUCAAUUCCGAGUCCGCGCAGCCAACAAGGCCGGCAUUGGCGAACCUAGUCUGCCAACCGCCAAUCACUUGUGCAAACACAGAAACCUGAAGCCAUAUAUCGACAAAGACACUCUGCACGAUGCCACAAUUAAAGUCGGCCGGAAUCAUACUUGGGAAGCCGAUAUUCGCGGUGAGCCUCCGCCAGAUGUCACUUGGUUCUGGCGGGACGGAAUCGCUCUCAGCAACACCGAAUGCCUCAAGAUUGAAAACACCGACUAUCACACCAAGUUCACGGUCUCCAAGGGCAAACGUCAAGAUUCAGGGAAAUACACCAUCGUUGCCGAGAACCGCAAUGGAAAGGAUUCUCACAUCGUCAACCUCGUUGUUCUGGGACCUCCGUCGAAACCGCGUGGUCCUCUGGAAGCAACUGACAUUCACGACGAGGGUUGUAAGCUCAAGUGGCAAAAGCCAGAAGACGACGGCGGAACCCCGAUUAAAGAAUAUUCCAUCGAGAAGUUCGACAUGGAAACUGGCAAAUGGAUGCGAGUCGGACGUGUUCCGGGUGACAGAGAAUCCAUGGACGUGACAGGACUCGAAAAAGACCACGAAUACAAAUUCCGUGUCACAGCCAUCAAUAAUGAAGGCGACUCUGACCCACUUGUUCUGGAGACGCCCAUCAAGGCGAAAAAUCCUUACGAUGCCCCUGGCAAACCCGGGACUCCAGAAAUCGUGGACUACGACAACAAAAGCGUGGACCUCAAAUGGGAGCCUCCAAAGACAGACGGAGGAUCUCCGAUCCUCAAAUACAUCAUCGAGAAAAAGGAUCGUUUCAAGCCGGAAUGGGAGCGUGCAAUGGACGUGAACGGCGACGUAACUGAAGCCCACGUCGAGGAUUUGAUUGAGCGCGCCGAAUACAUGUUCCGGAUUAUUGCAGUCAACAAAGCUGGACCUGGGCCUCAUUCAGAGCCCACGAAGAUGCACAUGGUCAAACAUAAAGCCCUCAAACCACACAUUGAUCGGACCAAUAUCAAGCAAACAACCAUCAAAGCCGGGAAGUCCAUCAAAUUCGACAUCAAUAUACGAGGAGAACCACCACCACUUGUCACGUGGAUUCUCAAAGAGAAAGAGAUGGUGUCCGAGGGAACCUUGGAGAUCAUAAACGUGGAUUACAAUACAAAAUACGUAUUGUCAGACGCCUUGAGGAAAUACUCUGGGAUGUACAAGAUCGUGGCUGUGAAUCAACACGGCAGAGAUGAAGCUGAUCUCGAACUUGUCAUACUGGGUGCUCCGUCGCGGCCAAAGGGACCUUUGGAAGUGAAAGAUGUCACUGCUAAGCACUGCAAAGUCAAAUGGGGCAAACCGGAUGACGAUGGCGGAAAGCCAAUUCAAGCUUACAUCGUGGAAAAGAUGGAGAAGGGCACAGGAAGAUGGAUGCAAGCCGGAAGAGCUGGUCCAGAGGAUCUCGAAAUGGAAGUUGGAGGUCUUCAAGAAGGGAAAGAAUACGAAUUCCGCGUGAAAGCCGUCAAUGAGGAAGGAGAAUCUGAGCCACUACAGACAGACAAGGCAGUCAAGGCCCGAAAUCCAUUCGAUCCGCCGGAUAAGCCAGGUUGUCCGGAAAUCGUGGACUGGGACGUGGACCGAAGCUCUGAAUGCCACACUCGUGUUCCUGGACUCAGAGAAGGACAUACGUAUCUGUUCCGCGUCAGGGCUGUGAACAAAGCUGGACCCAGUGAGCCUUCGGAACCAACCAAACCCCAUGUUGCAAAGGCUCGAUUCCUAAAGCCGUGGAUAAACCGAGACAAACUGAAGCCUAUCAUUGUUCGUUGCUCAAAUGCUGUGCGAUACGAGGUCGAUAUCAAGGGUGAACCGCCACCAGCGGUGACCUGGAAAUUCAAGAACAAGGUCGUCGAGAUUUCCGCAGACACAAAGGUGGAGAAUGAAGACUACCUCACGAAACUGAUCCUCACUGACACGUCGAGGAAGCUUUCUGGUCUCUGGACUAUUUACGCGGAAAAUUCGUCCGGCAAUCCGCCGGAUAAACCAGGUUGUCCGGAAAUCGUGGACUGGGACGUGGACCGAGUCGAUCUCAAAUGGGACGCACCCAAGUCAAACAACGGCGCCCCCAUCACCUCUUACAUCGUCGAAGCCAAAGAGAAGCUCACCGGAAGUUGGGAAGAGAUCCACAUUUCUGAGAGCUCUGAAUGCCACACUCGUGUUCCUGGACUCAGAGAAGGACAUACGUAUCUGUUCCGCGUCAGGGCUGUGAACAAGGCUGGACCCAGUGAGCCUUCGGAACCAACCAAACCCCAUGUUGCAAAGGCUCGAUUCCUAAUCCCUGGACCACCUUCAAUGCCAGACAUUGUGGACUGGGACGAGCACAUGGUGCAGCUCAAGUGGGACCCACCAAACAAAGACGGUGGAUCACCAAUCACAGGUUACAUCAUUGAAAUGCGGGACAAGUACGGAGGCAAUUUCGUGAAAGCCGCAGAGGUCAGUGGAAAUCGUUGCCAGGGUCAAGUCAAAGGCCUAGAAGAAGGUAACAAGUACGAAUUCAGGGUCAAAGCCAUCAACAAAGCUGGACCUGGUGAACCUUCAGAGCACACAAAUCCUCACACGGCCAAGGCCCGAUAUCUUGCACCUCGAAUUGACAGAACAAACUUGAACCAAGUGACUGUGAAAGUCGGACAACAAGUUGUGUUGGAUGUGGAUGUUAUUGGAGAGCCGCCACCAGAAGUGACUUGGAAACUCAGGGAUGAGAAAAUACAAUCGGAAGAUCAACGAGAAAUCAACAACGUCGACUAUCACACGAAGUUGAUUCUGUUCCGAGCAUCUCGCAAGGAUUCGGGAAAAUACUUCAUUCAUGCAAAGAAUUCUUCAGGCGAAGACACGGCUGAAGUUGAAAUCAUUGUUCUGGGUGUUCCUGGGAGACCGUUACCAGGAGAACGACAAAGGCUGCAAGCGUUUCUGCCUACGUUCGAGUUCACCUUUUUCGGCCUACUGCUACCGCCUUCAGGCUAA